AUGACAAGGACAAAUGUCACUCAAUUAUGUUGGUUAUCUGAUGAAAAUUUCACUACUCUACAAUCAUUGGACAAUUGUUUAGCCUAUAAAAUUCAUUGUUCCGAAACAACACAUGCUAUAUUGGAUCGACUUGGUGGUUUCACUUUUGAAAAACGUGGUACAAUCACUGUGAAAGGCAAAGGAGAUAUGCAAACUUGGUGGAUUACAGGACGUACUAGAGCAGAUUUGGCGAAAGAUUGUUGUCCAUUACCAUUGAAUUGGAAAAAACGAUUGAAAAAAGUGGAAGCGCCAGCUCCAGGUGAAAAUCAACCGGAAACAUAA